CUAGAUUUUAUGAGGGAGAUACGGAAAACGCCUCCAAGCAAGGCUGGUGGUCAGAGUUGGAACUCGGAAGAACUGCAGAUAGAUAGCGUUCAUGUCUAAACUGUGAACGGUGAAAGAUCACGGGUCUCACGAGAGAAUCACGAGCGUUCACGAGGUAUCAAGUGGGUAAGGAUUUGCACUAUUUGUGUCUCGGUCGUCUCGGCCAGCCAGGCCGUAACAAGGAAAGAGGUCUGAAAUGUUCGAAGAGAGAGACUGGUGUAGGCGCUUGUUUGUGUUGCGGGUCACAUGAAGUCAUUUAAUCUCCAAAGAAACAUUGCUCUUGAAACUAUUAUUUGGAUGGUUUUGGAUCCACCUAGUGAAGUUUGUACCCCAAUCACGGAGUUCUGGAGAGGAGUGAAAUUUGUGCAUUCUUGAUAUUAAAAUAAAUUUGUGUUUGUGACAUGAACUGUAAGCGCUUCUGCAAUCAGCUUUGACAUAUUACGAUGGCAGACGGAAGAAACGAAGAGACACAGAGUAUUAGGGAGUCGACGAAAGCCCUGAAGAAGUAUGGAAGCACUUGCAAUCACUUCAAACGUCAAGAGCACUAUGUGAAACAUGUUAUUAGUGAAGGAGAUACUUUACAAGGGAUUGCCUUGAAAUAUGGAGUUCAUAUGGAACAAAUUAGAAGAGUUAAUCGUCUGUGGGCCACUGAUAGUUUAUUUCUAAGGGAGAAUCUUCUCAUACCUGUAUCUUUGGAAUAUGCAAUGAGUCCAACAAAUCCCUAUCAACUAUGUGAUGUAACAAAUUUACAAUCUCCAAGCACACCUAACAGCUCUGAAAGUGAAGAAAGAAGUAUUACUGAUUUUCUUGUCAAAAUUGACACUUCAAUUGCUAAUACAAAAAGUCAAGUGAAAAAAACCCAGGGAAACAGUGAAUUUGCUGCUGAUGAGGAUGAUUUUUUUCGAAGUCGACCAUCCAGGUCAAGGCUACGUCAACAAUUGGCAACACAGAGCUCAAAUGAUGUAUUGAGUGCCCCUCAUCCCGUAGUUAUGACUCAAGGACGCAAAGUGCGCUCAUCGUUGCAGAGAUUAGAAAAAGAACAAGAUGAGAUGUUUGAAUUGUAGCAUUUGUUUGUAACAAUUUGUUGAAAUUGCCUUAUGAAAAUGUGGGGUUAAAAGUAAAAGAUAUUUCUAUGUGUUACAUGAAUUCAUUUCUAUCCAUCUCAUUUAAGAAAAGCCAUUACUAUUUGUUUCCAAUAAUCUCACUUAAAUGUAUCUUAUUCUGGAUAUUUUUUUAAACUUAUUUAUUUAAAGUGUUGGAAGCAUGUUCACUUGGUUGACCAUAUCAGAAUGCUUUUGAAAUUUGACAUUGUGUUUGAAAGGUACAUAGAAACAUGAUUUCCAGUUUUUUUGAAGAUACCAUUUGAAGAUUUUUUUGAAAAAAAGUUACAAAAAAUUAGUUAUAUGGGAAAGUAAUGGUUAAUCAUUUCGGGUUGUAACAAAUUAUUUUAAUAAGGAGGCUCUCUACAUCUGUUGAUGGAUAGUGAAAGAAUUGCAAAUAAUAGAUAUGUUAUGAGGUACAAAAGGCAGAACUGAAAAGUUUUUAAUCUUGCAUCUUGGCAAACUUGGUUUAAAUGGGCCUUUCAGUAAUGAUUUUCAAGAGUAUCGUACUGUAAAUCGUGCAGUAUAUUUAGUGUACUGGUAUGGGCAUUAAUUAUAUGUGUAGUCCUUCCAACAUUUGCUUUCGUGUGAACACUAAUUUUCUUUCAAUAUUUUUGUAGAGGGUGAAAAACAAGUGAACUGUCAUAAUGUGAUGUCAUGCUAGGUUAGUUUUAAAGCAAGUGGCUGGAGUAGUGUAUGGUAGUUUGAAGUUAUGUAUGCAAAGAGCUACCUUUCCUAUUUUUCUUUUCCUUAAGUGGGUCAGUUUUCUUAUUGAUACUGUUCAUAGUAUUUGCAUUAUGAAUUGUCACAUAAGACUUAUGUAUAAGAGGUGGAUUAAAAGCGUUAUCAAGUAUCAUAUCAUCACUUGACUUUGUGAAAUUUCUAUCCAGAAUGACAAUAUUCAGAGCAAGUCUGACUAGGAGAUGCCUUCCACUUAGUAAACCUGGUUUUAUUCAUAUCCUUACACUGUCUGAUUGGAUGUAUCAAAAUGUAUUUAAAUGUUAGUGUAAAUUACAUCGGCAUAUAAUGAGUGUAUUACAUGUGUAAAAUAUUGUAAAUUACUUUUGUAUAGGGGAUGCCUGAGUGGUUACAUCACCAUAGUAAUGUGAAUAGUCAACUCUGUAGUAGAGUUGCUUGCCUUUGUGGAAGAAGGUCAGGUUUUAUAUGCAAUAUGGCUGUUAAAAUAAGUUUACUCUUUGUAGAUAUAGCUUGAAAUGAUUGGAGGAGACUGAUUUUUUUUAAACAUAAUAUAAUAUUCCCAUUAAAAAUUCCUAUUAUAUUCACAAGAGGUAUAAUUCUCAUUUCUGUAAAAAAUUUUGCUGUAUGUUUAUGUUGCAGAAUUAUAAGUUUAUUUUUUGUGUUGACAUUUUGUAUAAUUUUUGUUCUAGAGAUACCAAAAAGUUAAGUGUUCAUAGUUUUGUUUUUGUUUUCUUUUGGUCUUUUUCUUUUUACCUAAUACAUCCCUGAUACUAAGAAACUCUCCUUGUGGUUUCAACAAUUUUCCAGUUGUAUCAUAGAUCUGCACAAUUUGGCAAGAAUGAAUAUAUUUUUUCUCAUAUCCAUGCGGGAUGAACUCGGUUAGCUCGUAAGCAGUAAGUAGUUGACUUGCUCAAUGGAACCAGCUUCAUUUUACAAUAAAAAAUGUAAUCUAAGUAAAUACUUGUUGAUAAUAUACUUGAAUGUAUAAUAGUUUUUGUUAUAUCAGCAUGCCUAUUGGAAAUCUUAAAGUAAUUAUUAUUACAGAUAACAUUGAAUAUUGUCAUGUGUGCCCAAAGGUACAUUAGUCUUAAGAAUGUGUUACAGACUUGAUAAGAGAACAGAUUUGCAGUUUGGCAUUUGCAUGUACCUUGCUCAUAUACUUGAGUUGGCAUUUACCUUACAUAAAAAUUAUCUGACUUCCAGUUCCUAUAUUGUCUACUCUAUUUCAAUCUUUACUUCAUUAAUAUUAAAAUAGAUGUGGGCAAGCAAGAGCUUUCUGGGGUCAUCUGUCAAAACCAUGUGUGCUAUCUGGGAUCUUCUUAUAGAAUAACUUGUCCAGACUUCUCCUUUUACAUCGAAUUGCACGUGCAUGAAUAUGAGAAUAUGUUUCAUAACCUCUUGUGUUAUGAAAUAUUCCUAUGUAUAUUAGAGAACAUUUUCAGUAGUGUGCAUUGGCUGUUUUUAAGAAUUUUUUGGGAAUUAAGAUUUCUUUGGGAACACGUAUUGAGGAACAAAACACGUUUUAUCAGAAAUAGUAAAUAUAGCAGAAUAUAUUAUGAAGUCACACAAGAUUAAUGUAGAAUAUGUGUCAUAGAUUUCGUGGUAAAUGUGUGAAAUUAUUUUUACACUAAGUGUUCUGCUGGUCAGAACUGUUUAAACAUAGUUCAUUAAAGUAAUUAAAAUCUAAGUUUGCUUAAUGUGAGGUGUAUAUUUUGUUGCUCAGUGUAUAUGUUGAAGUACUCGUACACUAUUGUAUGAAUGUUAUAUUUCACCAAUUUAGUAUGCAAUAGCAACAUGUAACAUCUUGGGACCUGAAAUACUAUUAGAUUUCCUGCAAGUUAUUGAAAUCAAGAGUGCUUUGUGUGAAAGUUAUGGUAUGCAUGCUACUUCCUUGUUUAGGUGAAAUGUUUUGUGCAAUAUUUGUGUAUUUUAUAAUAAAUUUAUUUUUAUGUAUGGAUUAACAACGAUGAAAUAUGAUGAGAUUUAUCUUCAUCACUUAUGCAUAGAAGUUCAUGCAUAGCAAUACUUAUUUACCAACCUUCAUCCUACAAAAGAAACAUUGCCUCAAACAAUCUUAUCAGUGUUCUUCCAUUCUAUUGUACAUUUGCUCUUGAUAAUGAAUCCUUUGCAAUAUAACAGACUUAAUUUUGUUUUCAAUAACUAAACAAAAUGAAAACAUUUUUUUAAAACUGUUUUAAUAAAUUACAUUGUUACGUGUUUGUUAACAGGAUGGAAUACUGUCACAUAUUAUAAAGAAUGUGAUGGAAUUAAUUAAAAAGACUUAAAGGAGAUCUUGAAUUUAGUUCUCUUUACCUUAAAAUAAUAAAUAAUGUUGAGAUAGAUAUCAUUAAGGAGCAGGUUUCUAUGAAUUUGCAUUUUUUUCCGUUGUCUCAGAGCAUAGCUAACUGAUAUUUCUUGGCAUUAAGUUAGAAUUGGAUAUUAUGUAGAUUAAAAUGUUGGUGUAUAUUUGGCCUAUUUCUCCCACUGGUACAUCUUCAUGUAAAUAUAAGAGCUUAUUUUGCAUAUUUCGUGAACAUAACAGUCGUAUCUGUAAAACACGCAAGUUUUCAUAAAAUCUAUUUAUUUGUGAGUGUUCAUUCAUUAGAAAGAGUUUGAGUUUCUUUUUUCUUUUCUAGAGGUGAUAAAAUACUCGUACAAAUAUAGGAUAUUUCUUGAUAUAUUUUUUAAACCAGACAAAA